CCCCGACCCCGGCCCCACGGGCGGACACUCGGCCGGGCAGCCGCGGGCCGAGCGCAGCCACCUCCGCCGCCGAUGCGCCUGGUGGCCAGACUCCAAGUGGGACCGGCGGACACGCAGCCUCGCGCCAACGGCCGCCCUGGGAGAGGCCCCUGCGCAUGAAUCAUCCUCGCUUCCUGCCCCCGCCCGGCCCCGCGAUCCGGGUGCCGCGGAUUUGAACUGGACGCCGACGGGAACCCGCAAACAGGCAUUUCUUUGCAGAUGGGUUUGAAUCAGCCAAUCACAGCCCGCGGGGGCCCGCUCCGGGAGGAUGGAGGCGCGGUUGGGGGGGCCGCCACCCGAGGGCCCCCGCCCCGCCAGGGGGGGUGCGGCGACCGGGCCUGCUCCCAACGGCGCGGCGGGGGAGGAAGCGUCAGUUUGUGAACCUGCCGCGGGCCCGGGCCCCAGGCCCGGCGGGCAGGGACCUUGCAGCGCCUGGGAGCCAGGUGGCAGGGAGAAGGCAGAGAUUUGGACUGCACAGCCUGCCCGGUGCCUGCGCGGUCUGCCCUGGAGAAAAGAGAGGAAUGGGGGGGGGGGGGAAGGGGCGGGGGCGGGGGGGGAGGCAAGAGGGGACGUGGCCGCGCCACCAUCUGGAGAGUGAAGACCCCAGCAAGGCCCUGCCUGCCCCAGGGCCCUUGACAUGCACACACAUGUAUUCCAUUUCAUAUGCUCACUGACAUAAGGCUGUAGACAUCAAACACAAUCUCACAGGAGUACACACACACUUACAGGGAAAAAGACAGGACUCUCUCCCUGUCUACAGGUAAUCAUAACACCAGGUGCCCAGCGCCUUGGCAGAGGAGGAGGGGACCAGAGUAGCGGGUGCAGGGAACAGAGGGAUGCUGUGUUUUUGGCUUAGUGGAGAGUGUGUGGAGGGGCCUGGAGCCAGGUGAGCCCAGAUUGAGGAGGAGGGGGCCGUGGGGGGGCUUUGAAUGCCAUUGAAGGUACUGGGGAGCCACAGAAGGUUUCUGGGAGAAUAAGAAGAUGGGAAUUGAUGGCCCUGAGGAAGAGUCUGGUGGGGAGGCAGGAAACAGGGAGUGGCCUGUUUAGCACUGGGCGCUGGUGGUUCCAUUCCGAAUCCCAGGUGCCCAGCAUAGGUGAGUGGGCACAAGGCUCAGGAAACAGUUAUUGAAUGAAUGAAUGGCCCAGGCAAGAUGAGGCCUGAACUGAGACCAGGACAGGGGGAUGGAAAAGAGGAGUAGGGUGCCAGAAGUCACUGUGCUUGGCUGCUGUGGCAACUCAUCGGUUGGAGAAAUCUAAGAUGCUUGGGGGUCUGGGGACCAUAGUAGUACCAUUAGCAGGAAGAAGUGAAAGCAAUGGGAGCGGCACAUUUUGUAGGAUGGUGAGAGACAGAUGUGGAGAGGUUGGCAUGGCAAUGACUUCACUGCUUGGAGCUGGUUUGCAUCUGAGUAAAAGCAUAAGUGAGUUUAAAUGUCCCAGAAUUGGUUUCCAUUAAAUCAUCCCAUAAUUGAGAACAGAAAAGGAGAUUACAGAAGACACAGAUGGCCAAGUCUAUACCAGUUCACAAGCCACCCAGGAGUUUUCCUCUCCAGUGUCAGUGGAAGCUGAUGGAGAAUCGAGGUCUGGACCCAGGGACUCGGGACUCCUAUGGUGCCACCAGCCACCUCCCCAACAAGGGGGCCCUGGCAAAAGCCAAGAACAACUUCAAAGACCUGAUGUCCAAGCUGACAGAGGGCCAGUAUGUGCUGUGCCGGUGGACAGAUGGACUGUAUUAUCUCGGGAAGAUCAAGAGGGUCAGCAGUUCUAAGCAAAGCUGCCUUGUAACUUUUGAAGAUAACUCCAAAUACUGGGUCUUGUGGAAGGACAUACAGCAUGCUGGUGUUCCAGGAGAGGAACCCAAGUGCAACAUCUGCCUGGGGAAGACAUCAGGACCACUGAAUGAGAUCCUCAUCUGUGGGAAGUGUGGCCUGGGUUACCACCAGCAGUGCCACAUCCCCAUAGCGGGCAGUGCCGACCGGCCCCUGCUCACACCUUGGUUCUGCCGACGCUGCAUCUUUGCGCUGGCUGUGCGGAAAGGCGGCGCGCUGAAGAAGGGCGCCAUCGCCAGGACCCUGCAGGCUGUUAAGAUGGUGCUGUCCUACCAGCCCGAGGAGCUGGAGUGGGACUCGCCCCACCGCACCAACCAGCAGCAAUGCUACUGCUACUGCGGCGGGCCGGGAGAAUGGUACCUGCGGAUGCUGCAGUGUUACCGGUGCAGGCAGUGGUUCCACGAGGCCUGCACCCAGUGUCUCAAUGAGCCCAUGAUGUUCGGAGACCGGUUCUACCUGUUUUUCUGCUCCGUGUGCAACCAGGGCCCAGAGUACAUCGAGAGGUUGCCCCUGCGAUGGGUCGAUGUGGUUCACCUGGCCCUCUACAACCUGGGGGUGCAGAGCAAGAAGAAGUACUUUGACUUUGAGGAGAUUCUGGCCUUUGUCAACCACCACUGGGAGCUCCUGCAGCUUGGCAAGCUCACCAGCACCCCCGUGACGGACCGAGGACCGCAUCUCCUCAACGCUCUGAACAGUUAUAAAAGCCGGUUCCUCUGCGGCAAGGAGAUCAAGAAGAAGAAGUGCAUCUUCCGCCUGCGCAUCCGCGUCCCGCCCAACCCCCCCGGGAAGCUGCUGCCCGACAAGGGCCUGGUGCCCACUGAGAACGGCGCCUCUGAGCUGCGUAAGAGAGGAAAGAGCAAGCCUGGUUUGUUGCCUCAUGAAUUCCAGCAGCAGAAAAGGCGAGUUUAUAGAAGAAAAAGAUCAAAGUUUUUGCUGGAAGAUGCUAUCCCCAGUAGUGACUUUACCUCGGCCUGGAGCACCAACCACCACCUGGCCAGCAUAUUUGACUUCACGCUGGAUGAGAUACAGAGUUUAAAAAGCGCCAGCUCAGGCCAGACCUUCUUCUCCGACGUGGACUCCACCGACGCUGCCAGCACCUCCGGCUCCGCUUCCACCAGCCUUUCCUACGACUCCAGACGGACAGUGGGCAGCCGCAAGAGGAAGCUGGCAGCCAAAGCGUACAUGCCACUGCGGGCAAAGCGGCGGGCGGCCGAGCUGGGUGGACGCUGCCCCUCCGACAGCAGCGCGGAGGGGGCCUCAGGCCCCGAGCGGCCCGACGAGGGCAUCGACAGCCACACGUUCGAGAGCAUCAGUGAAGAUGACUCGUCCUUGUCCCACCUCAAGUCAUCCAUCACCAACUACUUUGGCGCAGCCGGGCGGUUAGCCUGUGGGGAGAAGUACCAGGUGCUGGCUCGGAGGGUCACGCCCGAGGGCAAGGUUCAGUACCUGGUGGAGUGGGAAGGGACUACCCCUUACUGACCAGCCCCCACAGGAUGCCAGCAGUCCUGGAAACCAAAGGGGAGACAGCGGAAGCCACAGGCUCCCCAGUUCUCUCCAGGCUGGGGUGGGGGAGGGAAGCAAGACGGAGCUGCAAGUGCCUGGCCAGAGCCCUGCCUGCCUGCCUGCCAGGGCUGUGCCUCCGCCGUGCCCGUUCUGCUCUCCGGCCUCCUCAGGCUCACCACCUCUUUGCCUGUGUCUCUGAGGUCCCGCUGGCUACUUCUCAGCGUCUCCACACACUCCCUCAAACUGUUUACCUGUUCCUCUGAAUUAGUGUCCUGCUGGCUCUGUGGCCUGUUCCUGAGGCCCGAGUCUUCGUCCCCAGUGCGUCCCUUUACCUUUCCUUCCCCUUUUGGGUGUGUGUGUUUACACACCCAACCCUCCACUGGACAUCCUUACACCUGACCCAUCCCAGGGACCACAUAAUGAGAACAGAAACCUUUGAGAAAGACUGGGUGAAGGUGGGUAAGAGGAUGCCUUGAGGAGCCCUUCCCUCUCACUUUCCUGCCUCUCCUUCUGCCCUUGGGAAGAGGUGGUGAGGGUGGGAGAGAGAAUGCCUCUGCAAAGCCUGUGUGGCAGAGGCCCUGGGACUCUCAGGAUCUGAGGCGUGAGGAGGCUGGGUCUCUGCCUCCGAAGGCACCAGCACCAGAGCCCAGUUAUUACGGCCCAGAGUGCAGGCUGCAGGCGUCAGCUUCUGAGACCCGUGUUCCCUCCCCUGGCCACAUCCCUCUCUCUGUUACCAUGGAGCUGGGCCUGGCCUUGCAAACCUGAGGCUGGAGGAAGGGAAGCCGUGUCCUGCUACACCUCAGACUGUCUCCUCUGCCUCCCACCCCCAGACUCACCCCCCCACACAUAAGCUUCCAUCUGCGUGUGUGCUUUCACCUCCAGGCACACACACGGGCCCCGGCCUCCAGGUGUACACACACCACACACACACACACACACACACACAGCCACACAUUCCUUCGGGUGCCAGCGUGGCUCCUGCCCUUGGCUUUUCCUUGGCCCUCUGCUGGGGGCCACGUGCUGCAACUCAAUGUGAACGUCCAGCACCUGCCCGUGAACCAGCUGUGACCCUAGAGGGAGGCACGGGGGACUCAUACCCUCUGCCUUAUCCCCUGCCCCGUUCUGAAACUGACAAUCACUUGUGGGGCAGGCUGGGAUUUUUUUAAAGGGCCUGAGUCAUUAAGUCCCCUCAAAGGGAAGCCUUUGUCAGUGGGAGUAUACAGAGUUCUUAGAACCAACAUUAAAACUCAGACCCACCUGGAGGGAGACCAAAAAUGGGAGGGGGAGGAGACUCCUCAUUUUUGCUGCUUCCAGAGGUAUUAGAAACUGACUCACUUGAUUGAUUGGAAAGAAGUGCCUUGACUGGGGCGAGGGCUGUACCAGAUGGGGACCAUCCUUGCCAGCUGCUGCCGUGGCCUCCAGCUCGGCUGGGUUUUGGAGGCUGCCGGCGGCAAGGUGAAGGGGGAUGAACAACGAGCUGAGAGCAGCGGGCCUGGAGCUGGUUUUUCCAUUAGGCUGACCCCCUCCCCAUCUGUGGGCAUUCAGGGGGGUCCCUGAGAGAGUUCAGAUGCCCCUUGCCUCAAACCUCAGCCCCAACAGUGCCUUUCAACUGGGACCUCACCUCCUGUACACAGCCCACCCACCUCCUUCUGCUUCCCAGCAUGGUCCAGGCAGGAACAAGCUGGUUGGGCCCAGUUCUCUCCCUUCUCAGCUCCACAGCUGCUGCCACUGAAGCCCCCAACUGGGGCCAGGUGGAAGGGGAGCUGAGAAGGCAGCCCCCAGCCGCCUGAUGUAUGGGGCCAGAUCUAACCGGGGGCCUCCGGCCUGGCUCCAGAGAACACAGCAGCCUCCCAGGCCUGCCUUCCAGGCUUCUGAGAAAGUGCAGGAUGAACACAGCCUGUCAGUGUACCUGCACCUCCUCUACUCAAGCUCCAGAGGCUCUGGCCUUGAAGAGGAGGAAGGAGGGAGACAGUGUCUUCCUCACCUGGAGGUCAGUGUGAAGGCCUGGCAAGGUCACACCGACUCCACACCCCAGCAUUUCAUUCAUACCUGAAAAUAGCUGCAUUACUGCCAACUGACCUUAUCAUAACCCUGUGCACCUUCGAAAAGAUUUAUGGUUUUGAAUUGCUGCUUUUAAUAACAUUUGUUAUAUUAAAAUUAUAAUUAAUGUGUCUGA